AUGGCUCAGAACCCCUCAUUUGCUUUGGCAGUGAAGGUGCCUGUCCUGCUGCUCAAGACAAAGUCAACUCCGGGCGACUCGUACGAGGACUUACUCUCAGGUGAAACUGACGGGUGUGCCUUCGAACCAGCUUAUGUCCCGGUCCUGCACCACAUCUUUCAGAAACAGGGCAUGGCGACGGUCAGGCAUGUCUUGCAGCAACGUGAGAUUAAUGCUGGCAACGACGCCUCUUACGGCGGUCUCAUUUUUACCUCGCAGCGAGCGGUCGAGGCGUUUGCCAGCCUGGUGGAUGAGAAGAAGGGUCCGUCGGAUUCGCACCCGCAUCAAGAGCUUAAACUCAAGCCUCUCGACCGUAACAAAGCAGAGCUAACCGGAUUGACAGGCACUGAAGAAGAGUGGCCUCAUCUCCAAAAUAUACCAGUCUACAGCGUUGGCCCGGCUACUACACGAGCUCUCCAGUCCGUCUCACAGCACGCCCCGUUGCAAAUAUUCGGCGAGCACACGGGCAAUGGCGAUGCCUUGGCCAAGUACAUUUUGGACCACUAUGGCCGAUGGUACCAAGACCGGCAGACGAAGCCACCGCUGCUCUUCCUCGUUGGCGAGCAGAGGCGGGACAUCAUCCCGAAAACCCUCAUGAACACCGCUUUGCCCAGCGAGAAAAGAAUCCACGUGGACGAGGUCGUGGUCUACGGCACGGGUGUCAUGGAGUCUUUUCCUCAAGACUUUGAGAAACACCUGAAAGAUACUGAGGGCCUGCCGAUGCGGUGGGUAGUUGUCUUCUCCCCGACUGGUUGCGAAGGGAUGUUGCGCGGGCUGGGGAUGCUGGACGAGUCCACAGGGAAGGUCAAGAAGGACGGGCUCGAUGGACGUAAAACGUUCAUUGCAACGAUCGGUCCGACGACGAGGGACUAUCUAAGACGAACGUUCGAUUUGGAUCCAGAUGUUUGUGCUGAAGAGCCAAGCCCAACAGGCGUCCAACGAGGAAUCCUUGAUUUCAUGGGAAAGCAGACAUAA